UGCUGCUGCUGCUGCGAGUUUUUGCUCUUGCUGUGUUGCCGGGCGCAGCCGAGGAGAAAACCCGAAGGUGCUUCUUGCUGCAUUCAGGAUAGAAAGUUUCUACUUUAUCUCAGGGAAAUAAUCUGCUGGAUUCUUUUUCACUAAUGUAACAAAAACAAUGGGCAGAUGAUAUCAGUUAAACUGCUUUUGGCAGCUGACUAUCAGACAGCAAGCAACUACGUAAGCAACUGCAAUCAGACCGCAAGGAUUUUUACUAUUACAGGCACUGGGAAUUAUGUGCAGUGCCUGAGUACUCGGAGUAACUACAGUUUCUAUGUAGAUCACUAGGAAUUAUAAUAAUGUCUGUUCAUGCCACAGAGAGUGACAUUCCUAGAUUUUUUGUGGGCGAUGAAGAUGGAGACGAAUUUUUGGAUUGUUCCAGAGCUUCUGAUUUUGUCUCUUUCUAUGAUCAGGAUGAUGAUGAUGAUGAAUAUGAUUCUCCACCGGAAAGACAAAUCAUGGUUGGAAUAUGUUCUAUGGCAAAAAAAUCAAAAUCAAAACCAAUGAAUGAAAUCCUUGAACGGCUUUCCAUGUUUAAAUACAUCACAGUAGUGAUAUUUGAAGAAGAUGUUAUUUUGAAUGAACCGGUAGAAAACUGGCCUUUAUGUGAUUGUCUCAUUUCUUUUCAUUCUAAAGGAUUUCCAUUGGACAAAGCAGUUGCCUAUUCUAAACUCAGGAAUCCAUUUGUUAUUAAUGAUUUGAAUAUGCAGUAUCAUAUACAAGACAGGAGAGAGGUUUAUGGCAUCCUUAAAGAUGAAGGCAUUUUACUUCCUCGUUAUGCAGUCCUAAACCGGGAUCCAAAUAAUCCCCAAGAAUGCAAUUUGAUUGAAGGAGAAGAUCAUGUGGAAGUGAAUGGGGAAGUUUUCCAAAAGCCAUUUGUGGAAAAACCAGUUAGUGCAGAGGACCACAAUGUAUAUAUUUAUUAUCCAACAUCUGCCGGUGGGGGAAGUCAGAGGCUCUUUCGGAAAAUUGGUAGCAGAAGCAGUGUUUACUCUCCUGAAAGCAACGUGAGAAAAACUGGUUCAUACAUCUAUGAGGAAUUCAUGCCUACAGAUGGUACUGAUGUGAAGGUGUACACUGUAGGUCCAGAUUAUGCACAUGCAGAAGCACGUAAAUCCCCUGCUCUGGAUGGCAAGGUGGAGCGUGAUAGUGAAGGCAAAGAAGUGAGGUAUCCAGUGAUACUUAAUGCAAGGGAAAAGCUAAUAGCUUGGAAAGUAUGCCUGGCAUUUAAGCAAACAGUUUGUGGAUUUGACUUGUUGCGUGCAAAUGGACAGUCUUAUGUCUGUGAUGUCAAUGGCUUCAGUUUUGUGAAGAAUUCUAUGAAGUAUUAUGAUGAUUGCGCUAAAAUCCUUGGGUUUUUUGAUCUUUUUGAAAAAUGCAAUGGGUAUAAGUCUGGGAAGUUAAAGCUGAAGAAGCCUAGGCAACUACAGGAAGUACUUGAUAUUGCAAGACAGCUCUUAAUCGAACUUGGACAGAAUAAUGACUCUGAAAUUGAAGAAAACAAAUCUAAACUUGAACAGUUAAAGACUGUGUUGGAGAUGUAUGGACAUUUUUCUGGCAUAAAUCGCAAAGUACAACUGACGUAUCUUCCUCAUGGUUGUCCUAAAACAUCUAGUGAAGAAGAAGAUAACCACAAACAAGAGCCAUCUCUACUCUUAGUUCUCAAAUGGGGAGGAGAAUUGACACCUGCAGGUAGAGUUCAGGCAGAGGAACUAGGAAGAGCAUUCCGAUGUAUGUAUCCUGGUGGACAAGGUGAUUAUGCAGGAUUUCCAGGAUGUGGUCUACUUAGAUUGCAUAGUACCUAUCGGCAUGAUCUCAAAAUCUAUGCAUCUGAUGAAGGAAGAGUUCAAAUGACAGCGGCAGCUUUUGCAAAGGGUCUAUUGGCAUUGGAAGGGGAACUGACACCUAUACUUGUGCAGAUGGUCAAAAGUGCUAAUAUGAAUGGUCUGUUGGACAGUGACUCUGACUCUCUUAGCAGCUGCCAACAUCGUGUGAAGGCACGCCUUAAUGAAAUUCUCCAAAGAGAUAGAGACUUUACUUCUGAGGACUAUGAAAAGCUGACACCAUCUGGCAGCAUUUCUCUGAUAAAAUCAAUGCAAGUGAUAAAAAAUCCUAUUAAGACAUGUGAUAAGGUAUAUUCCUUAAUCCAGAGUUUGACAUCUCAAAUCAAACAACGAAUGGAAGAUCCUAAAUUUGCAGAUAUUCAACUUUAUCACAGUGAAACAUUGGACCUAAUGCUGCGUAGGUGGGCCAAGCUUGAAAAAGACUUUAAAACAAAGAAUGGAAAAUAUGAUAUAAGUAAAAUCCCAGAUAUCUAUGACUGCAUAAAAUACGAUGUUCAGCAUAAUGUCUCCUUAAAGCUAGAAAAUACAAUGGAAUUGUACAGACUGUCAAAGGCAUUGGCUGAUAUUGUGAUCCCUCAGGAAUAUGGUAUUACUGAGGCUGAAAAAUUAGAGAUUGCUAAAGGUUACUGUAAUCCACUACUGAGGAAAAUUCGGUCUGAUCUUCAGAGGACUCAGGAUGAUGAUACUGUUAACAAACUCCAUCCACUGUAUUCUAGCGGUGUUAUGUCUCCUGAACGUCACGUGAGAACUAGGCUGUACUUUACCAGUGAGAGUCAUGUCCAUUCAUUGCUUUCAACUCUUCGCUAUGGUUCUUUAUGCGAUGCAUCAAAAGAUGAACAGUGGAAGAGAGCUAUGGAUUACCUUAAUGUUGUCAGUGAACUCAAUUACAUGACCCAAAUAGUUAUCAUGUUGUAUGAAGAUCCAAAUAAGGAGGUCUCAUCAGAAGAACGCUUCCAUGUAGAGUUACAUUUUAGUCCAGGAGCUAAAGGCUGUGAAGAAGAUAAAAACUUACCAUCCGGUUUUGGCUACAGACCUGCUUCACGGGAGAAUGAUGAUUCAAAGCAAAAAUCCCAUAGAAAUGAGAAUGAUGAGGAACCCCAUUCUUAUAAAAGAGAUGAGACUGAUCGUUCAAUAAUGAUGUUCAAGCCAAUGGUGUCAGAUCCAAUUCAUAUACACAGGAAGUCACCCCUUUCCAGACCCAGAAAAAUGGGUUCAACAGAAGAAGAGAGCCCCUUGAGUGUGUCUAGCCCAGAGUGGCUGCAUUAUACCAGUGGUGUGGGUACUGGGCGUCGAAGACGCAGAUCAGGGGAACAAAUCACUUCUUCCCCUGUCUCCCCUAAAUCAUUGGCUUUCACAUCCAGUAUUUUUGGCUCAUGGCAACAGGCACCAACAGAAAAUAAUACUUUCUUUCGACCUCCAAGAACAAUUGUGGAACAAAAGACCAGUACUAUAGGGUCUCACUGUGCGAGCCUGUUUAGCACCUCAGUGCUCGGGGGGUCUUCAAGUGCACCCAAUCUACAGGAUUAUGCUCGUACUCAUCGUAAAAAGCUGACUACUUCUGCCUGCAUAGAUGACACCACACGUGGUUCUGCUGUUAAAAGGUUUUCUAUCACAUUUGCUCGACACCCAACCAAUGAGCAUCCAGACCUCUAUAGGUGCUGGUCGGUUUCCUCUGAGGAAUUUCUAGGCUCCAGUGGCUUUGAAUUAUAUUCCAUGGUGCCUUCAAUUUGUCCUCUAGAGACUCUCCAUAACUCCUUGUCUUUAAAGCAAGUGGAUGAAUUUCUUGCCUCAAUUACAGCCUCAACCUCGUGUGAAAAUUUUCCAAAUGCAUCUACACCCUCCUUUCGUUCUCCAUCAUUUAUUGAAUCCAUAACAGAAAGAAAGUGUUCUUUGAAUACUUAUACCCCUGCUAAAAUCCAACCAACAACAUUUGAAGACUUUGCAGUGCGGAGAUCUGUUGAGAGAGGCCCCUCAGGUGCCACUUCCUCUUCAGUUCCUGAUAUUUGACUGCACCAUUAGAAGACAAAAAGGAUUUAAAUAAUAGUAGUGUGAUGUUAGUAGUGAAAUGCUUUCUGAAAAGGAAUUAAGCACUUCAGUCAAAACUUGAAAGAACACUUCAUUGCCUCUUCUAUAAUGAACAAACCAUUACAGAAAAAGGCAGUUUUUGAAAUCACAUUUGCCACAAAGAGUGUUUCAUUGUAUAUAAAAUAACUUCUGGAAUGCAUAAGUUGCAUAUUUUCAGGUUAAAGGUGACUUCCUUUCUAAAAUGUAAAAAGCAACAAAGUUUACACUUGUAAUUUUAAGGUACAGAUAUCUUAAAUGUAAAAACUGCACAAAAUUUUCCAUCUUUGUUGUCUAAAAUAUGCGCACAAUGCAAAACCAAAACAGCCUAGCAUAGUAGUAUUGUAUUGCAGAUACAGCUAGAAAGGGAGAAAAGACAAAGAUUUUUAAAAGGUCGUUAUUUGGGGACAGAUUUACAAUAGGCCUUUUUAACGUUUACAGUAGGCCUUUUUUCAUUUCCAAGAAAUAUUAACAUGGCUCCGAUUAAUGGCUACUUUUCUGAAAUCUGAUCCCUAAACUAGGAUUUAGUAAUUUAUACUUUACUUCUGGUACUCACGCAUGUUGUUUGAAUUACAGAUGAAAACUCUUUAGAUUCUUGGACUUGGAAAAUGCAAAGAAAAUUGAACAACCUGCUGUAGAAACUAAUACUCUAAAGCUAAUGUGUCAUAUAUUUUGAGUCAUAUAAGCACUAAUAGCAUCUCUAUAAUAUUGUACAAUUGUAUUGUUAAAAGUUAAAUUUGGUUUCAGUUCACAAAUCAGCUUCACUGAAGAUUUAUUCUAACUUGACAAAAGUCAGGGCCAUCAAAACAAAUUUAAAAGAAAACAUUUUUAAUGCUAAUGUAGCACAGUUAAUGGUUUCAUAGCAAAUAUUUUAUUUCUAUUUCAUGCAUGCUCACUACUAAGUUAAAAACUCAUUCACACUCUAUGCCAAUUAUUUUCUCUGUCAGCAGUAGUUGUAUAGGGAACAAAAUCUAGGUUCAUUCCGUUUAGUCAUUCAUCUGUCAAGUGCAAGGUUUAGACUGUAAUCUCUCUCCAUGCUUCAAUUUAAAUAUGGCUUCUGGAAGCCUCACAUCCUUCAUAUUAUAUCGAGGUACCUUCUAAUGAGAUUUCACUGUAGUAAUUACAUAGCUAAAGAAGUACUCUCCAAAAAGUCAUACACUCAUAAAUUAGUAUCUUGCCCUAAGAUGACACCUGGCCUGCUCAGUAUUGGUGUAGAAGUACCUCUUACUUUUUCCUAUUUGAAUAUGAGACAUUUUGGGAGUCAGUCAUGGACAGUAUAUACAUGAUUUACCACAUUCUUUGUUUACAUCAAUAUCUGGAAUGUGCGCAAGACUAUUCUAACCUAUGCUUUAGUACAGGGCAUGAAUUAAUUUUGAUUGCAUUAUUUAUGAAUUUAUUUUGUGUUUACAUACUAUCCAAAGGGUUUUUUUUAUUUAAAAAAAAUGUUUGCCACAUAGGUUUCUGCAGAAUACUGUUUAAAAGUAUAGUCCUAUAGAAGGAUAACGGGGCUUUAUAAAAGCAGAAACAGCUGGUCUGUUUACAUUCAUGAUUGUAAUUUUAUAUAUCUGUACAUGCUGUCAUUUGUUGCGUUUUCAAAUGAAAAGAAAUUGCAACAAAACCAAUUCUAUGAAAUUACUGUUUCAUCAUUGAAUGUAUGGGUGUAACCAGUGCUGGGAUUCACUUAGCUUCCCUACUGGUUAGCAAAUGUGCGCGUGCUCCAGCCGCCACCACUACUUGUUUACCUGAACUGGUAAAAACCGGAAGACUACCACCACUAGGCGUAACCCCAUAUAGAAAAUAGGCAUAUCAUUCUUUUCUUUUUUUUCAUUAAUGCCUACUGGUGGACAAUGUUUAAAGAUAAUAAUCAGCGUUAUCAGACAUCCCAAAACUGGAACUCUGCUUUAAAAAAAAUAUUCAGGUUUGUCAACAUCUAUAUAUUAGUUGUCUUUUGACUUCCCUUAUGUCCUGCUCAAUUAUUGAAUGGUUAAUAUAUUUUCAGUCUUUGCAGUAACUCUAUAAUUUAGGAAUGGCAAUAUUUUUGUUUAUACUGCAAGAGGCCUGGUUUCAGUGCCUUUAUGAGAAUAAAAAUACUUCUCAUUCAGUAAUUUUUCAUAAAAGUGUAAUUGCUUAUAAAACUUGCCAUCGCAUUGCUGUGCCUAUUCUAUGGGAUUAUAUAAGCAAUUAUUAAGAUACCAAAUAUAUGAUGGGUUCACAAUUCUCAUUGCAUUUCAUCUUCUAAAAUACAGGUUUUUAAUAUGGACAAUGUUUGUCUUGCUCACCUAUGAAUGUAUAUGUUAUAUUUUGUUUUUCUAUACAAAAUGUUGUUUAAUUAUGUGUAACAUUCCAGUCAACCAAAGCUUUGCCAUAAAAAUACAAUGUGCUCUUAAAUAAAAGAGUCCUCAAAAAAGCAGCAUCCAUUCUACUUGAUCUUUAAUAUGAUUUUUUGUCCUAUUUGACAAAUAUUCCUAAGAGACUGAAUACAGAAUUACAGUCUUAAGUAAAUGUAAGUAUAAGAGCUAUCAUUACAGGUAGUUCUUAUUUAGCAACUGUCUCAUUUAGCAACAAUUCAGUUACAACAGUGAUAAAAUAGUAACUUUAUGAUCAGUCCGUGCAAUAUAAUCUUCACAGUGCUGUGUAAAGGUCAACAGAAUUCAAGAGGUUCAGAACUUAGUCGGUUUGUGGCUAUGUAGAGUCGCUAGGCUGAUUCCUCUUUUGAUUCUGUCAUUCCUUUUCCUACCAUAAUAGUGUGUUGAAAACAUCUGCUCUGUAUUGUUAUCAAAAUAAUAUGAUACUUUGGUAUAAAUUUAUGCACGAGAAUAAAUACCGGGAACAUGUCACUCUGAGCCACAGUGCAAAAUAUAAGAGGGAUAAUCUCUUUUAAUUGACAGAUAUACCGUAUGUAAUAUUCUGGAUGCUUUUUCAGGCUAUCCUGUUCUUCAACUAUCUGAAAGAAUGUGACACUGUAGAUCAAAAUCUGUUUACUAUUACAUAAGAGUGCCAAACACAGAGUAAUGGAUGGAAAUUGUAGGAAGGCAGAUUGAUUAUUAGAACACCAUUUCCUAAAAAUUAGAGCAGUUUAACAAUAGAUCCAAUUAAUCAAGUAGCUGUGGGUUCUGUUCCCUGGAUCUGUUCAAGCAAAGCUUAGGGAAUGAUCUAUUGGGAAUGUUUGCUUUGAUGUUGUUAGUGACAAGGGAGUUAGAUUCACAAUGUUAAAUGGUCUCCUUUAAAUCUGUAAUUGUCAACAGAUGGUUCUUGCUCUAUCCCUAAUAUGGAUCUUUCCACAGGACUGUAAAGACUCUACCCAUUUCUCUUUUCCUCGUUUUACCUUCAUCUCUCUUUAUAUUUUUGUAUUUUAUGCUUUGUAAAAAAAUUAAUAAAAUUUUGAAUGGUAAAAAAGGA